GUUUAAAGAACAUGGCAUGUUUAUUGAUGGUAUCUUUUGUGAGCUAAAAUAUUCCCAAUAAAUCAGCAUGUAUUUUGAAACUUAUAGUCGUGUGUCGCGUUCAGUAUAAAUAUAUUUCUGAUCUCUGUACUAACUGCAAUUUCAAUUACACUAAAUGUAGUUUGUAGGUUAUAAUUACAAUUUGUUGUACAAACAAAAAUGUUAAAGUACUUGAAUUACUUAUGAAAUUAUAAAGCCCCAUCUAAAUAACAUAAAAACCACACUAGAGUCGAGCAGGUUUUGAUAUCAACUAUCAAGUCUUACUUGUAUGAUAUACACUAUAGUGUAUAUUCUGAUAUAUAUUAGAAUAUUAAUUUAUGAAGAAUGUGUACUAAAUUGGUUUCAGCACGAAGAAAGAUCUGCAUUUCAAUUGUAAUGCAAUUACUUAUUUGUAAUUGUAAUUGAGGACAGUUAUUGGACGUACAUAACUGUGACUUGAAGCCAUUCUAGUCACAUUAGGUUUCAAAUAAUUUGGCCAGGCCAAGCAAAUCUAGAUACAUGCAUUUUACUGUCAAUAUAAUUAGAACAUCGUCUUGACGUUUUCUCCUCGUUCACAUUGAUUCUUCGUCGAAUUCCUAUGGUUGAAGUUCCUAAAUAUGAUUACAAGACUUUCUUGCGAUAACUGUUCAUGCAUGUAUUCUCAUCGGGGACAGUUAGACAUCACCCACACAACCCUGAGCAGCUUGUUAUUUUUUUGUGAAAAAUGGAUAAUUUUGUCUUGGCACAUUUCCUGAAUUUACAUUGAACACAUAUUGCUUUUAUCAAUCUCGUACUAUUAACGUAACGUAUCCAUACAUCUUCCAGGCUCUUGCUACUAGGUUCAGCAAGUCUCACUCACGCGGAGUUUUGGCCGUCUAUGUAAAGUGCAAAAGAACUGCAAAUAUAAACGAGCCGAUUUUUUCUUUAUUCUCAGCAAUGCUUCAAUUCUCAAUGCUGUCGUUCGGCUAAAGCGAGCGUCGACGUAGUGAAUUUUCGUCUAGCAGUUGUACGGUGUUGUAUGGUUUAAAAAUAAAACAUGGUCUUAAGAGAGGGGACAUCACAUCUUCUUAAAAUAAUCGUUUGAAUCUUACGAGUAGUGAAGAAAAAUAACUCAUUUGCGUACGCGAAACCUAAACUGAGGACGAGUGAGGUGUAGUAUAGCGAGUGAUGCAGGUACAUAUCUACAUAUCUACUUUAUCAGUAGAAAAUUGUCUCGUGUUUAAAGGUCUAGUCCUCCCGAAUAACUUAGUUUUCACCCCGAGAAGCCGGGUCUCGGUGGUGUACCUAUGUAUGUAUAUGCAGUGAAAAAGUCUCUCAAAUCACAAUUUUGCUCAGUAGAUUAUUAGACAGCAAGUUUCUCAGCGUUUGCGUUCAGUUUUCUUCCAGCAAGGCAGCGAAUUUCCAUCCUCGACACUCUUUGUUUAUCAGCAUUCCAUACGUCUUGUAUAAACUAAAAGUGCAGUGCGUUUUAAAUAGUGAUGAUACUGCUCGGAUUACAUUUUCAACACCUUAGCUUCUAUUGUAGAAGGUCUCUUAGUCUAUCGUUUACAUCCUCAUCACAAACUUGGUAGAUAGAUAAUAUUCGUGGACGUGUGGAACUGUGGACGGCAGAUUAAAGUGAAAAUUGGGCAUGUAAAUCCCGUUUUGCAGACGGCGUGACGGUGACAGAUUUUGGUUAAAAGAACAUCAUCGUAUUUACUGUGUAGAACCGAAAUGUAGGAGAGACCGCAUUGUUUCAUGCAAACUUUGAGAAAAAACAGCUCAGUUUUUAUGUCUCACUGAAAUACACCACUUCAGAGAAAAGUGGCAUUUCUCUCUACGCCAUACACUCAAUAGAAUAAAGAUUAUCUUUCAACUUUUCCCUUAUGUUUGGCACCUCCAUAUUUUUGGGAUUAUAUUACGUUUUCCCACCAUACGCAUUUCACAUGUGACCGCAUUUGGAUUUUUGAAGUAUUUCAUCUGUUCAAAAGUGCAAUAAAGUAGUAUGUAAAAGUUGUUUGGUGCCGAAUUUCGUACUUGAAAUAUAAUUAUCACUUCUGUCUGGCUGAUGGUUGGUGCUGUGUGUGUGUUUGUGUGUGGCUGCUUCUUGACUAUCCAAGAUAUUUGGGAACCGUUUGGUUACAUAUGCAAAAUAUGCACAAAUGAGACGUGAACGAAUGGCAUCCUGUCAUACGGAGGCGUAUCUCUUGCCAAAACUGUUUCAAUUCCCUGCAUGACGAUGAAGAACGACUUGUGGGGCGGAGAUGGAAAAUGUGUUCAGAGUUGAAGAGCUACAUCGGAGAUAACACAUUCCAAAUGCGAUUUCCUUCGAAAUAAAAAGAUAGUCAACUAGUGCUAGUAGUAGUCCUAGGAUAUUGCGGUGGAACGACUUGGUGGUGUGUGGUUAAAACAGUAAAAAUGAGCAGUAGAAAGGUCAAAAAUCCUGUGCGGCAGUCCGUUCGAGGUCGCCCAGGGUUAGACCGAGGUAAAUCAUGGGAGGAUCCGGAACUGGACGGGCCUCGCCCUCGUCAAAACACCUUGAAACAUUGCUGCCGGUCUGUUGCGACGUUUAUGUGCACUCAAGUGGGAGUUGGGGGAAUUAUUGUGUGCUACGCCUUGGUGGGGGCGUCAGUCUUUAUCGCACUGGAAACUCAAGGGGACGCUUUUGCGGAUGAUGUGGUGCACAAUGUGACGCUCUCUCGGAAUCUCACGGCAACUAAGCUAUGGAAAGAUUAUCAGAAUUUCCAGUUCAACGAAUCAGAAUGGGCGCUUGCUUCCAAUCAAAGUCUGCACGAAUUUCAGAAAGAGGUGGUGGCAGCUGUGAAGAAGGGUUACGAUCGGAGAUCUGCCAAAGACCAAUGGAAUUUUCCUGCGUCCUUGAUGUACACACUGUCGAUUUUCACCAUGAUUGGGUUUGGAAACUUGGUCCCUAGAACGGAUUGGGGGAAAGUUAUCACAAUUUGCUAUGCCGUGUUGGGCAUUCCUUUGUACAUUUUGUACUUCAUGAAUAUGGGGAAAGCCUUAGCCAGCACGUUCAAAUGGUUGUACAGGAAGUUCAACUCUUGUUCUAUAGGUGGUGGCUCCAAUGAAGACGAUCCUGGGUCAGGUCGGGGUCGUUACGAUGAAGAAGAGGACGGAUUAGUUAUUGUUCCUAGCUCAGCGUCCAUCUAUGUCCUCUUGUGUUAUAUUUGCGUUGGCACAAUCAUGUUUUCUGCUUGGGAAGGAUGGGAUUAUCUCGACUCCGUGUACUUUUGUGUCACUAGCUUGUGCAAAAUAGGUUUCGGAGAUUUCGUCCCUGGUACAAAUAUAGAAGAGACAGAAGCUGGAAAUCAAACCAAACUUGUGAUUAAUUUCAUAUAUCUACUGGUCGGGCUGGGAUUAGUUGCAAUGUGUUACAAUUUAUUAAAGGAAGAAGUGGUAGCCAAGUUGAAGCAAAUUAAAGUCGACGUUCGUGAUAUGUGUAGUUUUAUUCGCAGUGAAUGCACAUGCACAAAGCGAUAAAAAUGAAUUCCUUCUACACAUUACUCGUAAUAAUUAUCUACAAAUUAAUGUGCUACUAUGUUUAUCUAUAAUUUUAAAUCUUUUGGAAUCAGCGAGUUUUACAAGCAUCUCUGAUGUACAUCUAGCAAAUAAAAAUAAAAUAAGCAUCAUUUA